AACUGUAAUACAAUAGUGACGAUAUAAAGUAAUGCUUAUCGGGCAUUUCGUAUUUACGUGUACGGUUACUCCCAAGGGAGUUAUCGCGGCGACAACAGAGAGCGUCUGCCGCGCUCGAAGUAUCGAACGUGAGUGGUGUGGCGCUGGAUGCCGUGACGCUUAUAUAAAUGCGCGGCGUCGUCACGCGCGCUCAGUAUGUGUCAUGCUUUGCGAGCGCGAGCGUCGUCCGUGAUGGCGGCUCGUGUGCGGUUGAAGAUGCAAUGCGACACCGUUAUAUCGUUUUUCGUUGUGAUUGCGGUGAUGUGUGGUGUAGAUCUUGUGUGUGGAAUGUUCGAACAUCGUCACUGCAAUCAUCAGCAUCCCCGUCCACACGAGGUAUGUCAAUUAUUACUGUACAACCAAUUAAGUUAUCAACUAGUCUAAUGAUACACAGAAAGAUGGUUAUUCAUGGUGUUCAUAUAGAGCCGGCACAUGAAGUAAAAAAACGUAGUAUCAAUCAACCAGUUCGAAUCCUCCUAUCGUACGAUGAAAGUGUCUACAGGUUGGAUGAUGAAAAGCUGGAUGUCAUUAAUAAUACCAUACUACCGGAAGCUGUACACUUUUGGGAGCGAGCUCUUAUGGUCCGUGAAACGAAGGGCACCAUCAGAUUGAGCAGGAAAUGUGAAAGUAGUCAAGUCUUCGUUAAAGAUCACCAUACACAUUGCAUAGACACCUGUCGUUCUACUACUAUGUGUGGUGACGUAGUCGUCCCUGAAGAACAUCUUGAUGUUUGCAGAACAUGUAAUGCAACAGGACACAACUGUGGAAUUGCGGAGGGCAGUAAAGCCGGCCCAGGAAUAGAUGGCGCUGAUUUUGUUUUUUAUGUAUCUGCAAUGCAAACAGCAAGAUGUAACAAAGGAUUAACCGUAGCUUAUGCAGCGCAUUGUCAGCAAGAAGCAGCAUUAGAUCGACCAAUUGCGGGACACGCCAAUUUGUGUCCUAAGGGUAUAACCACGAAACCACAAGAACUGGAAACUCUGUUAAGUACCGUAAAACACGAGAUAUUGCAUGCCUUGGGAUUUUCUGCAAGUCUGUACGCUUUCUACCGAGAUGAAAACGGUGAACCCAGAACACCAAGGAGAAGUGAUACAGGAAAACCGUUGUUGAACGAAAAAUUACAAACGCAUCAAUGGAGUGAAAAUACUAUUAAAACCGUAAUCCGACCGCAUUGGCAAGUACAUGAUGGUUAUAUAGAAAGGUCUAUGCAAAUAGUAGUUACUCCCAAGGUUCGCGCCGAAGUUCGAGCUCACUUCAAUUGCCCGGAAUUAGAGGGUGCAGAGUUGGAAGAUCAGGGAGAAGAUGGUACGGCACUGACACAUUGGGAAAAACGAGUAUUUGAAAAUGAAGCAAUGACAGGGACUCAUACUCAAAAUCCAGUUUAUUCGAGAAUAACACUCGCCCUCAUGGAAGAUACAGGAUGGUAUAGCGCAAAUUAUUCAAUGGCUCAAGAACUAGGAUGGGGUAAAAAUCUUGGUUGCGAUUUUGCAAUGAAAUCGUGUAAGGAGUGGAUAUCUUCAAAAUCAUCUAGAUUGUCAGGAAAGUCUAUUCAUCCAUUCUGUAAUAAAGUAAAGCAAGAUCCAUUACAAACAGAAUGUACCGAUGAUCGAAGUUCGGUAGCACUCUGCAAUUUAAUUAGAUAUCCAGAACCAUUACCAAAAAUGUAUCAGAAUUUCGAUUCGAUUCCUCACAUACCAGCUGGAGAAGAACAAUACUAUGGAGGCUCUGUAUCUCUUGCAGAUUAUUGUCCAUACAUUCUAGAAUUUACAUGGAGAGCUCGAAAUAUAGUAGUCAGAGGAUCUCAUUGUUUAUAUGAAGAAAACAAUCCUCAUGCGGACAAAAAUUUUGCGUUAGAAAAAUAUGGUCCACAUUCAAGAUGCUUUGAUCAUACAGACCAAAUGUGGGAGGAAAGAACCUGUAAGCAAGCUCGACAGUGGAGACAUUGGGGUUCUGGCUGUUAUCAAUAUAAAUGUGAAGCUGGAAGACUACAUAUUAUGGUUGCGAAUUACACUUAUACUUGUUACCAUGCUGGUCAAGAAAUUGCUGUUCGAAUAAUACAAAAUGGUUGGCUCCAUAAAGGUGCUCUAAUCUGUCCCCCAUGUCGAGAUAUUUGCGAGGAGGAACUAAAAGAAAAGCACGAACAUUGCAAGCCAGGAGAUGAACACCCACCUGCAACCUACUAUCAUAGAGACAAUUUAUAUUGCUCAUCUGCAGGAAUAUUUGAAAACUGGACAAUGUUUAUCAUUGUAAUUUGUUUGUUAAUUCCUAGAUGAUACGUUGCCGAAUGUAGGUAAUAGAUUGAUUAAUAUUCAGAAUACAUAAAUUUAUAAAUUAUGAAAUAAUUUGUUCCACUGUAAGACAAACUGAUGUUCAUCGUACUCACGCUUUGGAUUUAUGUUAAACAUAUUUGCAAAUUAUUAUGUAAUUAGAAUAAUAAGUUUAACGAGGUAUUUGUUAAGUGCCAAUAGUAGUAAGUACAGGGUAUUUUAUCUAAAUUGCAUAUCUAGUGUUAUUUCAUUCUUAUUUUUAUUGUUAGUUAGAAUGACAAGACAACUUUUAUUUUUAUUGACUCAGAACCGUUUGAAAAAACAGAUUCUUCGAUUUUAGAGGAAAAAUAAUGUAAUUACAAAAAGUUUUAAAAAUCACAUAAGAACUUUAAGUACUGUGAGAAGUUCAAGAGACUGCCUUUGAAAGAAAUAAGGUUGUCGUUGGCCGAACAUUUUACUAUAGCGCUAUUUCUGAAAAACAAAAUGAUGGCUAACGAUAGCAGUCCAUCUAUAUUUAGAUAUGUGUAUAGUUGAUAAUGAAAGGCAUUAGCCCUUUGCCUUGUUAUAACUUUUAUUGUACGAGCAUCUACUGAGCUUUGUACAAUAUAUACUUCCAUAGACAUAUUUAAUAAAGGAAACAAUAAUACAUACCUAUUAUAUGAUCAUUGGCAUAACUAAUAUCUUUGGAAAGAAUUAGCCAAAUAUGUUUCUCUAGCAAGCAUUACAAUAUGAUGGAAAAAGAACUAGAAAAUUAUGGAGCAAUAUAGUAUUUUCUAGAAAAAAUGAUUUAAGGAAAGCAGGCCCUACCAUUCAUACACAUUAGGCAUAAAGCAUAAGUUCCAAUUGUUAUAGCAAAUGAUGGGGCCUUCUUUUGUCAUAUUUUUAUUAUCCCUAGGGAAUCCUACCGUACCCUGUAUUGUAAUUAUUUCAAUAAAUUCUGAUAGAAGUUUAAUUCACACUGGGCCCUAGGUAGUUAUGCCAAUGCAAUACAUCAUACAAUUCUUUUGGAAAACCUAAAAAGAUGAGGGAUCAAAGGUCGCACUGAUACUGUAAGCCUCAAACAGUGUUUGCUGUAACAAACUAUAUUGUGAAAGUCUCGAAACUCUAAUUAUGUAAUAAUUCUGUACGGCAUGAAUGAAUGAGUGAAAAUGAUAAAACUAUCAUAAUAGUAUCAGAUUAAUAUAAAAUAAAAUAUUAUUAUUAUUAUUACUAUCAUUAUUGGUAAUAGAUUCAGUACUUGUGAUAGCAAUUGUAAUAAUAAUAGUAAUAGCUGAGUAUAAAAGAUUGAUACAAAUUUAAAGAUAGGCUAUAAAAGUUUCUGAUUAAGGACUGCAAUGUAAUAAGUAAAAGAAGGAACAUUAAAAACAAUUAUAAUUCAGGAAAAGAGUACGAAGAAAUUAUCUUCUGUUAAAAGAAAACGAUGUGCAUACAUAAUUUAAUAGUUAAAUUGCUGCAAAAAAAGUAAAUUAAAUUAUAAUUAAAUAUUACAUUUAUUUUAAAUUUAAUUAUAAAAUAUGAUUGAUAGUCAUUUUAUGAUUGCUAAUAUACAUUCCAAUUUCCAAUGAUAACAGAUCAUUGCUUCGGCAAUAAAGUAAAUAUAUUUCAAAUAGUAAUUAUGGACUGUUGAAUGUAAACAGCUGAUUGAAAGAACAUUAUAACCAUUUCAAAGUUGUGAAAAACCAUUUUAAAUGAAUCCUGUAUUUUUUUAAUAUAAAAAUAAAAAAUAUGUAAACCAAUAAUUAGAAUGAUACAAAUUUAAGAUGAAAUAUGAUAGCUUAAGAAACUAUUGUCCAACACUUGAGUUUAGAAUUGAAAUAUCUAUAUACAUAACAUGCAUAUAAAUAUUGUGCAAAUGUAAAAAUACAUGACUUGGUGUAAAAUUUCAAUCAAGUGAAGGAAAACAGAAGUAGAUCAGAACUUUUUAGAAAUUAUAAUAAUAAAUUUAUUUCUAUGUCACAUUUCCCAAGACAAAUUCAAAUAAAUUAUAAGGUACCCUGUACUUAUACUGAACUAAUUACACCAUAUACUUGAUUACUAUUAUGCUUUUUGUAGAGACAUUGUGAUUUUUCACAUCAAAAGUACUAUAUAGUGUACAGUACCAAUGUAAACUGCUAAUGAAAGCCACUGAACUAAGUGAAGACAAGUGGUUAAAACAUGUACAUAAGUGCCAAUUAUAUAAUUGCCUAUGUAUUCCAUACCAAUUUAGUUGCUAUUAUAUACAUAUGUUAACAUGUUCAACAAUUUAGUGGUUCAUAUCUGUUUCUUAAUCUUUGUUAUGUAAAAUAUAUAUUUCUUUAAG